AUGGACGCCGUGAUGCUGGACGUAGAAUCUUUCCGGCCCGCCGAGUGUCAGGACCUUGUAACAGGCUGCCGUGAGCUAAAGGUUCCCGUGCUGGCGGUGAUUCCGGCGGAUUCGCUGGAGGAAUACGACCCAGCGAUGAACCCGGACGAGUUCAUCCUGACCCCCAUGCAGAAGGAAGAGCUGCUGGCCAGAAUUAAACAGGCUAUCUACCGUGUAAGCGGCCCAAGCGGCGGGCAGUUGCUCAAGGUGGGCGACCUCUCAAUAGACCUGGAACGAUACGACGUAAUGAUGGCAGGGCGCAGGGUUUCGCUGACCUACAAGGAAUUCCAACUGCUGGUCAUGCUGGCGUCAAACCCAGGCAGAGUGUAUAGUCGUGACGUGCUGCUAAGCCAGGUCUGGGGCUACGACUACCUGGGCGGAACUCGGACAGUGGACGUCCACGUCAGGAGAUUGCGUUCCAAGAUAGAGGACCCGGACCAUUCCUUCAUCGAAACAAUAUGGAACGUGGGAUACCGAUUCAAAUCCACCGUUUGA